CGUAUUGCUCCUACUAGCUACCAGAUAUCUAGCUAGCUAGCUAGUAAGCAGAAGUGAUUGAGGAUUGAGGUGCUUGCGUGCUUGCUUCAAGGAUCUCCAAGCGACACAACUUCAUCGCUGUAGGUGACAAAACUCAUAAAUUCUCACAAAUCCAAACCCAUUUAGCAAAACAAGUACUAGUACAUUGCAUCCAACAUCCAAGAACCAUACCGGUAGCGUGUAGUCACAUCCACUACAAGUACAAGAUCCAAGAUAACCAUGACAGGCAUUCCUUUGUUUAUUGUGAUCCCCAGCGACUUUGCAUCUCAGAUUGGAAGACGCAACAUUGCUGAUGACUCUGAUAGUCUGUCAGAAUCUGCGUGGUCUCUCUCUUCUUCCGCUUCCACUCGAUGGCUGAGCUGCAGUACCAGAGACCAAGAUGCCCCUACCACAAGUGCUCCACCCAGGCGGCCUCAGAGACAUUGCUCUCAGAGGACCUUUGACCCUCAAGACAUGAACCUCCUUCAAGACCUCCACAUCACGGAUGCUCAACAAGACGGGAUCCCUCAACCACCACCCCUGCGAAAAGCCAAGUCCGACUUUAGUCCCAGGCUACCCAGACGGAGUUCGAAGCCGGCUCGUAGUGCAGGCCAUGGACCCAUGCUGCCGUCGCUGCGCGCUUUUUCUGCGGCUGCUGGCAGUCUCAUUGCUACUAUGAGUACCAGUGGCAGCGACACUACUACAGAAGAGCACGAAAAGGAAAACCUGUCAUUGAAUGUCCCAAGGUCAUCUGCAGCAGAUGAACCCUCCAGGCGUCGCAAGUCAGAACCAGCACAGCUCGUCAGACGUCCACUGCCUCGUCCCAGUCGAUCUGCCUUGGCAAUUGCAAUGGCAGCUUAAUAAUAAUGAGACCACCACCAAGAGCUGUUCUGAUUUUCUCAUCGCUCCUCAUAUACUAGCUAGAACCGCGGUGGUGUCUGGCAACUGAAUCAAGAAAUUUCAGCCAGGACCCUUGAGUCCUAGUACUGAGUAGUAUCAUUGCCACCAGUCUCCUCUCCAGUCAGUUCACUGGCUGGCUGGUCUGUCCUACUAUCUAUCAUACUAUACUAUAGAUGGAUGUAAACACAAAGAGUUGGACCAUCGCUCCACAUCGAAAAGGCAAGGCUCCUCUGCCUGCCAUUGCCAAUGGAAUUGAUAACGUUACUAAUUAAGAUGUAAUGAAGAGAUAACUUUUAAGAUUGCAACUGUACCUUUCUAGUAGCUUUAGAGCCCAAACUUACCCC